CUCAAUUCAUUAAAAUGAAUCAUUUAAUAUGUCUUUACUACAAUUUUACGUAUAGGUUAUCUGCAUUUGAUUUGGUAAACAAUCCAAUAAAUAAUAUCAAAUAUAAAAUAAUGUAUCAUUUAUGAAGUGUAAAGUAAAUCUAAAAUUAUUGAAAUGGCUGCUAGCUGGAUGUUGCGCCACAGGAGCUUACGCUCAGGCAGAUCUAAAUCAAAAAUACAAUUUGAAGAUGAAUUUAAAUUAGACCCAACUUGCAACUCUUUGGAAAAUGCUUGGAGAUUAUUAACACAACUAUGCACUCAAAACAUUAGUACCAGUAGAAGAUUUUCACUUUUAAAUGCCUUCGUUAUUCUUAUUGGCACACAGACUGGACAAGCAGCCAUACACAGUAUAUUUACAUUUGAGGAAUUGUUAAUAUGUUUACGUAUUUCAUUAGUGCAUGAGAGCACACAAAUACGAGCUGGAGCCCUCAGAGCUCUUAGGCGUAUUCUGAAGACAAAAGAACAUGUACAAAUAUUCAAUCAGAUGAAGCUGCCUCAUCUCAUAUGUCGUUGCAUAGAUAUUGUGUUAAAGAAUGAAAUGGAGAGAAUUCAAGCAUUUCAGUUGAUUCGACGCAUCUUGAUAUUAUCUCCAGAUACUUUUAGCCCAGUGCUGACAAGGGCUAUGGUGGCUCUAGGCAUGGGUGGUAGUGAACAAGGUGAACGGCUUUUGAGAGCAUGUUUAGCCAUAUUGUGUGAAAUAGGUAUACUGAAUUCAAACCAGCUUAUAGAUUGCGGUGGUGUGAGUGUGAUUCUACAUAAUAUUCUUGAAUGCCACAGUCCUAGAAUAGCUGAAAGUUUAGUUGGUGUGUUAUUACACUUAUUAGAAAAUCCUGAAUCUAGGGCUCAUUCUGAAAUCUGUUUAGAAAUGUUAGCUUCACCAUACUGUGAUUUUCAAUAUCGGCUUGGCAUAUUAGACAAGAGCAAAGAUGCUCGAGAUAUUCGGAUCACAUGUAGCAGAUUAGCAUUGCUAUCAGUAUUACGUAGUUGGGCUGGAACUUUACAGUUUUGUAAUCCAGAUAAACCUUCUGGUCUUUCAUCUAUAAUAUCCAUUUUGUAUUUGAACCAACUAGAAGUCAGGAGAGCUGUGUUGGAUCUUCUGUAUGAAUUAGUGGGUUUGCCACAACCUGUUUGGACUGAUGAAUAUUCUGUGGCAGUGGCUGCUUUGGAUCCUACUGACUUUCAGGAUCAAUGGCGACUAAAUGAAGGAUUUGUAGUUGCAGAAUGUCGUAGUAUUCUUCCUACAUUAGUUAGUACUGUGCCAAGUCCCGCAGAACAACAUUUAGCAUUGCUUUUAUACUUUUACUCAAUUCAGGGGUUCUUUCAGCCCUUGUUGAGGGAAAUUAUAAAUAUGAUGCAUAUACUGUUGCCUCCAGAAAUUUAUAAUACAAGUCCAGCUUUGCCAAGUUUGAUAGCUUAUGCUUCAUCAAACAAACCGCAGGCUCUUGCUGCUGUUUCAGUAUUGGAGAACUUAAAUGCAAUUAUGGAAUGCAAGCCAGCUUCCGCAAGUGUAUUUUUGGAUCAGAUAUUGCUUUCAGGAUGCUUAGUUAAAUCUGACUGUAAUCUUAAUGAAUCUCAAAGUCCGACUUCAGAAAUUCACAUUUGA